CUUUUGGCGCCUAAACGGCUCUUCGUUCAGUAGCGCUUUAAAAAAAAUACACAAAACCAUGAAAACCAUGCAAAUAUCACAUUUAAGCCAACAAAGUUACCUCCCAUUGCGUCAGAUCGUGACAUGUGUAUUCAAAUACAUUUUUUUUACCGGAGCAUAUUAUUAGAUGACCUGCAAAAAAAGGAAUGUACAGCUAAAUGCGUGUGGACUUGAAAACGUAUCUCACCUCACUAUUUAUUCUUCCUGCAGUGAGGAAUUACACUCUUCAUACAAUGUUUUUAUAACUUAUCUGCAGAUAAUCGUUGUCUGUAGCUGAAAAAGCAGUAACAAUAUGCAAAUCAGGGAGCUAAAUGAACGGCUCUUUCACAGAUGCAAUUCGGAUCCUUACGUUCACCAAAAAGAGCCGUUCAUUCGCGAAGGACCCACCACUGCCACUUUCUACAUUAUAGCCGCUACACUUCAGGAGCUGCUGUUUUUCAAAACGUGGUGUUGAAAUAUUUGUCAACUUGUCUUUGCACAGGACCCAGGUCUGUAAACAUUCUGUUUUACAGAAUAUCCCGGGCGUGCUCUACGCUGGCGAAAAUGGAGGGGUUUCUACAGAGAUGUAGUGCUGCAAUAAAGGGCAGUGCGGAGGGAAGCUCUGGGAUCCACGUCAUCCUUGGCAACGAGGCCUGUGACCUCGACUCCAUGGUGUCGUCCCUUGCCUUUGCCUACUUUCUGUCCAAAACGUCUGGCAGCUCAGGUAAGACUGUGGUGCCGGUGCUGAACAUCCCGAGGGCUGAGUUCCCCCUGCGGUCCGACAACGUGUUCCUACUGAAGGAGAGCGGUGUUCCGCUUGAGGCUCUGGUGUUCCGUGACGAGGUGGACCUGGCAGGGCUCCAUAGAGCCAAGAGGUUGAUGCUCACCCUGGUGGACCACAACGUGCUUCCUAGUGCCGACAUCGACUUGGAGGAUGCAGUUGUGGAAGUCAUUGACCACCACCACCUCGAGAGGACACCCUCCAUGUCCUGUUCCGUCACCGUGGAAACCGUGGGUUCCUGUGCUACCUUGGUGACAGAGCGCAUUCACCACAAGGCACCUGAAGUGCUAGACAGACAGGUGGCUCAGUUAUUAUACGGGGCCAUCGUGCUGGAUUGUGUCAACAUGGCCCCUGAGGCGGGCAAGGUCACACCCAAGGACAGCCAACUGUCCUGCCUGCUGGAGUCGCGUUUCCCUGACCUGCCACCCAGGGGCGCCCUCUUCCAGUCCCUACAAAGCGCCAAGUUUGACAUCUCAGGUCUUUCUACAGAGCAGAUCCUGCUAAAGGACAUGAAGGCUGUCUCUGGGGGCGACCUGAGACUGGCAGUCUGCACUGUCUAUAUGACACUAGAUGUGUUCCUACAGCGGAGGAGCCUACAACAGGAGCUUUGUGAGUUCUGUCACAAACACCGUUUCGGUGCGGUGGUCGCCAUGACAAUCUCUUUUAACGAACGCAGUGAGCCACAUCGGCAGCUGGCGGUCUACAGUUCCAGCACCCUCUAUAGGGAGGAGGUGAGCCAAGCAUUAGAAAAGUCGUGCAACCCCUCUCUGAGCUUCUCUCCAAUGAGCAGCCCCUUCAACAACAUCAAGUCUUAUCUCCAAGGCAACGCACUGGCCUCCCGCAAGAAAGUGCUCCCUAUCCUCAAGAACUUCCUGAAGGAGUGGGACAAGAAGCAAGUGCAUUGUGGGGAGGCGGAGGACUUUGAGGAGCUGGACGACCACGUUGACCCCACGGGGUCGCCUAGUUUCGACGACGACGCCCGUCCCCGCUGCUUCUCAGCCUCCCGGCACCACCGCCGCCGCCUGCUGGGCACCGAGGACUCUGGGAUGGAGGAGGACUUCCAGGUGCCGGCCACUCCCAUGAACAGCCUGGUGGAGGGCUGUCCGCUGGACGCCGGCCUUCCCCGGAUCAGCGCGGAAGCCAUUUUGGAGAAGUUCAGCUGCAUGGGAGGGGAAGCAGGGGAAAAUAAAGAUGGCAACUGGCCAGGUGAACAAUAACCUUCUGUUGAUGCCUUUUAAUCCUAGUACCCCUGGCUGACUGUCCUUAUGCACCUCAAUCCAACCAACAGACUAUAAGAAGGAGUGUUCAAAGUUCAUAUUCAGAAGCAUAUCAAUCAAUUGUAUGUUUCAUAAGGGACAUCUCAUAGCAAAUUAUAAUGACAAUCCAAAGGGGCCAUGUUCAGUAACUCACUGGUUAUAUAGCAAUCCUAGGUUUGCUAUCGGCAGCUCCGUUGACAUUAACUGGAAACAGGGCCCUGUUCAGGAGGAACAAAACGGAACAAAACAGGGAGGUACCAUCUGAACUAAGAAAUGCUUGUUUUUGUUUUCCGUUGCAACACGUUUUGCUGCGGUGUGCCCGAAUGAACACAACCCUGGACUACUGUGGCUGUCAGACUGAUCACCAAGCUCUUAUGGAUGCUUUACUCAAGUCAGGACUAACAACACCAUAGAACAUUAUGAAGAAUAAGAUAUUCUUCUAAAAGACUGGCAACCGGAUGAAAAAAAGGGAUGACUAGUAGCACUGUAUCAAGGACUCCAGAUGGAGUUUGAAUGAAGUGUGUGUUUUCUCUGUAUCGCAUCUGAGUACAUGGGACUGCCUCGUUGGUUAGCUGGUGCCAUCUCCAAGUGUAGGGGGAGUGGAUUAGAAAUGUGGAGAAUACAUAAUGGACUAACAUAAUUCAUCUUUGAAGGGCCUAUUUCAAUGUCACAGGCAUUUGAGUGAACCUUUAUGAUGAGGGAGAAUCUUGCAGUGGAGAGUGACUUCAUCCAUUAUGACAGCAUGUGUUUCAGCGGUCCUGGUCCUGGAAGACUGCUGAGUCUGCUGGUUUUUAGUGCAACCAAUCUAUGUACAGCUUCAUAUGUGCGUUAUUGGGCUGAUGACUGGACGCGUGAUAUCUCCUGACGUGUGUGUGCGAGCACAUGUGUUUGUUUCGUGUGUGUGGAGUAUUCAUGGUUAGUGGGACGUCUUGAUGACAUUAUCACCAGUCACAAAGUUCUCCUCAUUGUCGGGAUCCAUCUGAAAAGUGGGAAGAAUUCACAUCCUCCCCACAAAGAGAGAGAGAGAGGUGGAUAGAUAGAUACCAGAUGAUGGAUGCAACUCUGCUGCUCAUUCAUGCAUACGAACCUCCUGCCCCCGUUCAGAGACCUAAAUAUACUCAGUCACCUUUGCUCUCUCUCUCUCUCUCUCUGACUGAGAUUUAUAUCGCAAUGCUACUUCAGCUGUCCAAAUAUACUUAUCAUCUAGAAUCACCAUUGAUUAUGUUACCAGUGAGAAAUUAGCCUGAUCUGAGAUCUGUUUGCAUUCUUGCCAACCUCUAUCAUCAGAGUUGACUAUACAGCACCAACAGAUCUGGGACCGAGUUAGUGAUGAAUUGCUCUGAUCUGUAAUCUGUGUCGCAUACCCAGAGAGCCUCGUGGCGGUUAAUUUGAGUUAACAUUAGUUCAGAUGUCUGCUUCAUUAGCUGGCUGUAGUUGGGGCUGAGGAGUAGUUCACAUAGACGUGCAAACACACCCAGGCCAACCCACAUACAGAUAAAUGCAUAGACACAAACACAUUGGCUUCUAUGCAUGGUAAUUAUGUUCAGGUUGGUGCCUUGCCAUGUUUUAAUCGUUGUGGAUGUGGAGUCAUUAUAUGUCUGUUUGGGUAGACCUCUGUUCUCUACAUACAGUACACUGCAGCUCUAUAAUGUUAUCUAGUUGGUGUGAAAAUCUUCAAAUUCAGUUGACCAAGUGAAACUGAGCAAAAGACAGUGACACUAUUGCAUUUCAGUCUCUUGUCUCUUCCUUUGGAUCCUACCCUUUCAGUGUUCCCAGAUCACAAUGUUUCGACACGUGGAAGUAAUAAGAUGAUGGCUUCCUCUGAUAGGCUAUGUGAAGCUUUCACCAUACUACUCUCACCUAUCCAGUCCUUUAGGAUCUUGGAUCAAAUGCAGGGAGGAUGGUAGGGACUAAAAUUGUAUUUUGUUAUAAUUUGAUUUAAUAUAUUUGACAAAAGAAAACAUCUUUAAGUGUUGCCUAGCACUGUGUUGAACCAUUUAAUUAAGAUAUUAAAUGAAGAUAGUAUAGUUGAAGAUACUUGAUUAAAUCAACCAUGCAGUUUCAUUGAUAUCCUCCCUACAUCACAGCGAGAAGGUAUGUUCAGUCAUCUCGUUCAUAGUUAAACAAUAUAUGGCGUCUAAGCUAGCAUGGUAUUGAUAAUGAGUUUGCUAAUAAACAUACUCUGAAAGAUUUCUAUAUUCAGCCUCAGGUAUUAAGGAUUUGGCAAUCAUUGGCUUGUAGAUGUUCAGCAAGCUUAGAUUUUUAAAAAAUUAAAAAAUGUUUUGCCAGCUAAACAUGCAUGAGCAAAUUUGUUUUUGACAAUGCCAACACCAAUGUACUGUAUCUUGUAUCCCAAAUCCGUUGUUCCCAAGAGGGGUCAUAAAAAAGCAAAGCUAAUUAUGUUUGUGUUAUUUUUUAUAUCUCCAGUCCACAUACCUUUUGUGGAAGUGUUUCAUGGGAAAUGUAUUUAUAAUGCAAUGGCUCAGUGACUGUGCAGUUUAAUAUGAACACUAAACACUAGUUUGCCUUUUCAUUUGAAUGCCUUUCCUAUACCAUUUGUCAUGAUUACAUAUUUUUGUAUGUGCUCUGUGGUGUUCUAAUUUCUCCAUGUGUUUAAGGUUUGAAAUGUUAGCUAGCUCGACUUGUUUAGCUUCUAAACAGGUUGAACAAAGACAAGUCAUUCACAAUGUUUUUUUUAACCAAAUUGGUUCCCUUUUUCAGUUUAUCAUGCCCCCCUCAACAUGCAGUUCCUUUCAGCAUGGGUAGUUUUGUGAAUUUUGUGCAGUACAAUCAGGAUUCAACUUCCCUUGUAUUCAAGUAUGCAAUAUGAAGUGUUUGCUGUGCGGUUCCUUUAUUUAAGUGAGAAAAAAACUGAAUGUGAAAACCACGUGUAAGAAAAUAUUCUAAGAGUAAAAAUAUGCUGUUCCAUUAAAGAUGGAUUUGAAGA